UUUUUUUUCAGUAUUUUUCAAUUUCUUGGAUCAUUGUGUCCCUAGGGGGCGGGGUCUCACCGCACUUUGGGUAUGCAGAUGCGGGCGUGGGGGCUCUUGUUUUUGAAUAGUAAUUUUGUGUGUUGAAGAUGCCUGUUCCGAAUGCUGGAUACAGUCAGGGUCCCAGCUGCUUCGAUCGUAUGAAGUCGGGCUUUUGCAUUGGGAUGUGCGUGGGUUUGGGGGCAGGUGUCCUCCUGGGCGGAUUCGCGGCCCUCAGGCACGGACAGAGAGGCCGAAGUCUGGUGGAAACAGUUGGCAAAAUGAUGCUUCAAAGUGGUGGAACGUUUGGCACAUUCAUGGCAAUCGGUACAGGAAUUCGAUGCUGACCACCCUGAGGAUAGGCGUGCUUUAUUUUUGUCUGUACUGUACACAUGCAUUCCUUUUUGUAAAGUUCAUUAUGUACACAUUCAUUUAUAAUAAAUGCAUAUGUAUUUUGAGAUGUAUGAGUAAGC